AUGUCAAACAGGUGUCCGAUCCUUGGUCCCAGGUGUGAGUUAUGUAACUGCUCAGGCAGUGGAUGCCAAUCUCAAUUCCCAGGAUUGAAAGUGGAGUGGCCAACGCUAAAAGGAGUGAGUGGACUUCAAGCAAAGGCAACAAUAGAAAGUGACAAUCCACGUGUGACAGCUUUCAUAUACCGUGAAGGUGUUUAUCUACCAUCCAACAAUUGUUGCAACCGUGUCGUUCUCUAUGUUCGAGCCGACGAUUGUCCCAAUGGUCCUGUCCUAAACCGUCCAAUCGUUGGAUGA